GUGUUUCGCGAGCUGAUGGAUUUAGUACAAAAGUUUUUAACUCCUGUAUUCCAAACAAAUUAUACACGAAGACUCAAUAUUCUUAAUAUAGGUGAACCGAAAGGAAAAACAACUUCUGCAAGGGGAUUAUUUUAUUGGAAAAAAAUGCUGUGCAAGGUGUUGCUUCUCGCCUCAUUAGCUGCACUGGCUUCAGCGGAAUAUGGAUUUGAAGAAGCAGAGCAGUUCGAAGGGCCAUUUGAGGCCCAACCAUACAGUUUCGGAUAUUCUAUGAAGAAUGCUCAUGGCGAACAGCACAGGCACGAAAGCAGUAAUGGAGCUGGAAGAGUAACUGGAAGCUAUGGUUUUGUGGAUGAGCAUGGAAUCCAUCGUAUAGUUCACUACAUCGCUGAUCACUUAGGUUUCCGAGCAAAAAUCAUUACUAACGAACCUGGAACAGCGAAUCAGAAUCCAGCUGGAGUCAUAAUGGAAUCAACACAUGGAUGAAAGAAAAUUCGAGAUAAGUAACUUCAUCUCUGCACAACUUCUUCGAAGGAUCUCUUUGCCUGUGAUACUGAUGAUACUGAAAGGAUAUAGGGGAAUCAUCUCAUUUCAGCCUUAACAUUUUUCUCAGAGUAUUAUGGGAAGUACAGUCAUAAGACUUCUUGUCAUGUAAAGUGAACUGUAUGUUAUUUAACAAUAAAUUAAUUCAAAUUAUA